AUGGAUUCCCAGCUGCCCCCAGCCCGAGAGAUCCCCGCAGCAUUCACUGCAAGCGUCCGUAGCUGGUGGCACGUUGGCGAGAAGGAAAGCGCCAUAAGCGAAGAGCGGCUGUUGCGCCGUCUUUCCUUCUUUAGAUCAGCUUCCCAGUCCCAGGUUGCCCCCUCAGAUCCCGUCGUUGCCACCUCGUCCCGCGUUCAGCUCACCCCUGCCAAUCACUACAUCAACACCUUCUCUAUGCGCUCCACCGCCCCAUCGUCUGCAGCACCCCCGCCUGCAGUCGUGCUGCAUGGCUAUGGUGCUGGUCUUGGCUUUUUCUUUCACAACUUUCCACCUCUCGCAGAUUGGGCGGGCCGCCAUGGUUCUUCUGUCUUUGCGCUCGACUGGUUGGGUAUGGGUCGCUCUGCGCGCGUGCCUUUCUCAGUAAAGGCCAAAAAGGACAACGUGCAGAGUCGUGUUGCAGAAGCAGAGUCCUUUUUCAUCGAUUCUCUCGAAGACUGGCGCACCAAGAUGUCUCUCAACAAAAUGACCCUGAUCGGCCACUCCCUCGGCGCUUAUUUCAGUGUUGCGUAUGCGCUCAAAUACCCAGAUAGAGUACACAAGCUCAUACUUCUCUCGCCUGCUGGUGUACCGCGAGGUCCGAACUACGAAGAGCCAUCGAGAGAACUGACCGAUGAACCACCAAAUGUCUCAACGGACUCAAAAACAUCCUCAAAUGAGCGUUCUACUUUCCACAGGGCAACGGACGGCCGCGUCAAGAGUAUUCGUCAGGAGCAGAAAGAGAAUAAGACUCGUGAAAGCAAAACUCGUCGCCUUUUCACUUAUCUCUGGGAGGAGGGUUGGAGUCCUUUCCAACUCGUCCGCUCUACAUUCGUUUGGGGUCCCAUGCUCAUUGGCAAGUACUCAUCUCGGCGUUUCUCUGGACUAACAGAAGAGGAAACACGCGACAUGCACGACUAUAUCAUGAACAUCACACUCGCAAAAGGGUCUGGUGAAUACUGCAUCUCUCACAUUCUGGAGCCAGGUGCCCAUGCGCGCAUGCCCCUUGUCGACCGAAUAGCUGCACUUCCGAAAGACAUGCAGGUCACAUUCGUAUAUGGUGACCACGACUGGAUGGACCCUGUAGGUGGGCAGGAAAGUGUGAAACGCCUGCGAAAAGUAGGCAAUGAUAACGGACGGAUGUACAUAAUUUCAAAUGCGGGUCAUCAUGUAUAUCUGGAUAACAAGGAUGAAGUGAACGCCUUGCUUGUCAAAGAGCUGGAGCGACAAUGA